UGUUUCGUCGUCCUAGCGCCUUCGGUAGCGUUGCUAAAUACCACUUCUUGGAACCGCUCUGCGUCUUUCUAAAAACAGGCCUGUUCCUCUGCCUCUGCCAGGACCCUUGAAGGCCAUUCGAAAUGCUCAUACUACCGUCGUGCCUUCGGCCCGAAAAGUGCCGGGGAGGUCCAGUCAAUACUUACAUGCCACAGUCCCAUCUUUUCAUUUUCAACUCGCCCGCUGGCCCCAAGGCAGGACUAUCGUUCGAAAUGGUACAUAUGUCAUCUUUAACAAUACAGAGACGAUUGGCAUUGUCCUUGCAUACAGAUGACACGCUAUACAAAGAUUUAAAAAAAAAUUAUUCAAGUGGUUGACAUUGGUUAUGGGCAGAAGGUUUUUAUUAUUUUAAAAUUGAGGCCAUCAAGAACAUUAAGCAAUGAUAUAGUUCAC